GCCUUUGGAUCCUUCUCUUACAAAUAAAGUAAGAAUUCCUCCCUUAUUCCUUCCCUCCUAACAUAAGCACAGAAAAUUCCUCCGUCUCCCCCAAUUUCCUUUUCAUUACUACGCAAAAAUGGUGGAAACAAUCUCCAUUGAAGAAACCACCAACAUCUCACCAAACAACCCACCUUUCACCCAAACUCACACACUCCCUCUUUCUCAUCUUGACAUUGAUCUCAACCUCCAUGUCACAUUCCGCUACUUCCGGGUCUACGCCUACCCAUCAAACCAAAUACCCGACCCAUUUAACCUCAUCACAUCCGCUUUACGAACCGCUCUCGGUCCCUACUACCCUCUCACGGGUACAAUCCGUCCAGUCGGUGGUGGUGGGUACGAGUUGCUCUGCACCCCUAAUCGGGGCAUUCCAGUAGUAAAAGCCUCCAUGGAUUUCUCAUUGGAAACCCUAAACUACUUGGAUGACCCGGAUGAAUCCCUAUCCGAUCAAUUAGUCCCCAACCCGGAUCCGAAUGAAGCAAUGGAGCAUCCCAUGAUAUUACAGAUCACUUUGUUUAAAUGUGGAGGGUAUGUUCUUGGAUCAGCUGUUCAUAAUAUGUUGUGUGAUGGGAUGGGAGCAUCCGAGUUUUUUACUUGGGUAGCUGAAUUAACUCGUGGAGAGACUCGGUUAAUGGUUGAACCGGUUUGGAAUCGAGAUGUUUUGCUUGGUCCGAGAGAACCAACCCGGGUCGAGUUUCCAUUUGGAGAGUUUUUGAGUUUGGAUAAGGAGUUUUCGCCUUAUAUGCAAAACGUUGGACCGGUUGUUAGAGUUUGUUUUCCGAUGCUGGAAAAGUGGUUGGACCGGUUUAAGGAGUAUUUGGUUGAACGGUCCGGUUCAAAAUUUACCACUUUUGAAGCUUUAGGCGCUUUCAUUUGGCAAGCAAGGGUAAAAGCAUCAAAUAUACCAAAGGAUAGAAAAGUGAAGUUUGCAUACUUAAUGAACAUAAGAAAAGUAACAAAACCAGCAUUACCAAAAGGAUAUUGGGGUAAUGGUUGUAUGCAAAUGUAUGUUCAACUAACUGCAGAAGAACUACUGAAUCAGCCCAUAUGGAAGACAGCAAUGCUAAUAAAGAACAGUAAAUACAAUGCAACAGAUGAAUAUGUGAGAUCAUACAUUGACUUUCAGAAGGAGAAUUAUGACAAAGGGAUAACAGCAGGUCAAGAUGUCAGUGGGUUUACUGAUUGGAGACACUUAGGUCAUUCUAAGGUCGAUUUCGGGUCAGGUGGUCCGGUGACGGUGUUUCCUCUUUCUAAGCAUUUUAUGGGGAGUAUUGAGCCUUGUUAUUUCUUGCCCUAUUCUUCUCAUGGGAGGAAUAAACUAAAUGAUGAUGAUCUUGGGUUUAAGGUUUUGGUUUGCAUGCGUGAAUCAGCUAGGAUGAAAUUUAUGGAUCAAAUGGAUAAAUUUUGUAAACUUGAUUUUGAUUUAAGCUAAGAUAUUAGCUAUAUAUACUCCCUCUGUCACUGUUAGGGGUGUGUAUAGAAACCCGAUUCGAAAUAUCCGGUAUUCGGUUUUGUUUUCGCAAAUCGGAUAAUCUGGAUCGGGUAUGCGGUUUUUAAACUGGGUAACGGAUAAUUCGGAUUCGGGUCACAUAUUUUUGGAAACCGGAUAUCCGGUAUCCAAUUAUAUAUAUAUAUA